AUGGAGGAUAUCAACUCAAAUAUCAACGCGGACCUGGAGGUGCGCAAACUCCAGGACUUAGUGAAGAAACUCGAACAGCAGAAUGAGCAGCUCCGGAGCAGGUCCACGAUACUGUCUUCGUCUGGAGGGAUGUCAGGCGGACACAGACCGCUGAGCGCGGGGUUCGACUCGCCCCUGUCCGCGGGGCUGGUCGGCUACACUGGGGUGGGGUUCGGACUGGAGAACAGCCGCUGUCGGAGCCCCAGACUUUCCUACGACGGCAUCAGCUUUAGGAGAUCCUACGACAGUGACGGGGCCCCUGAGGCUGGCCCUCUGUCCAGCACAAACUCACUAUAUUCAGAGACCUCGUUCAAUGAUGAAGGCGAAACGUCAAUCUUAGAUGAAGUAGACGUCAUAGACUUGGAGGACAUGGACUGUCUACAUGAGGACGAGGACAGCUGGUUGUAUGAAGCCAAACUGAACAGCCCUCUGCAGAAGGCCCUGAGCCCUGUCGUGUGGUGUCGCCAGGCUCUGGACCACCCCAGUCCUGAGAUGGAGUCAGCCAAACGCUCCCUCAUCCAACGCCUGGACCUCUCCAUGUCAGCUCUGAAGCGCAGGAGCCUCUAUGGCAGUCCGUACAAUCAGGUGGGCUACGGGAGCCCGUAUGGGUCAAACGCGGCCAACAGCCCGUACAGCAGCGGCUUCAACUCGCCCUCUUCCACACCCGCAAAGGUGCCCAUUGUCCGACAGCAGCUCCUGCCCACCAACACAGUUUAUCAGCGAAACUCCUCGGCAGACAGGAACCCUCCGGCCGUGAGUCCGCAGUCGUCCGUGGACAGUGAGCUGAGCACGUCGGAGAUGGACGAGGACUCCGUGGGCUCCUCCAACACGUACAAACUCAACGACGUCACAGAUGUGCAGAUCCUGGCGCGCAUGCAAGAGGAGAGCCUGAGGCAGGAGUACGCUGCCACCGCCUCGCGCCGCAGCUCGGGCUCCUCCUGUCACUCUCUGAGACGUAGCACCUUCAGCGACCAGGAGCUGGACGCCCACAGCCUGGAGGACGAGGAGGACGCGGUGCUGCCGGCGUUCCACCUGCCCUCCGCGCGCUUCAGCCCCUCGCCACGGCACUCCCCCCACGUCUCCCCCAGGAACUCCCCGCGCUCCAGGUCCCCUGCGCGCUCCAUGGACUACAGCCACGGCCGAGGCUCUCCGCAGCCCAUGAUCAGCCGCCUGCAGCAGCCCCGCCACUCACUGCAAGGCCACGGGCACGAGAUGCAGACAAACGCGGUCAAAAACGAAGAAAAGCUGCGGCGGAGUCUUCCAAACCUCACGCGGACUUCAGGGGCUGCGCCGCAGAACUCAGAGCCGGUGAAGAACUGCCGCAGUGUUGAGUCCAACCUCCAAGUGCCAAACGGGUCGCCACGUCACCAGAACCAGUCCUCCACCCCUCACUCCAGACAGAGAAGCCCCUCUGCUCGCUCCUCCCCAAAACCCAAACAGCACCUGCAAAGUCCUGCUGCCCUCAGAGUCCCGCUCUCCUGUUGCUUUGGAGAAGAAGGAGAUUUCAUCCCGUCUCCCAGUAAGAUGAGGACCCCUGCGGCACCGUCACCCCUUGCUCUGCGGCAGCCGGUCAAAGCCUCCUCCACGCCAAACUCCGCCUCCUCCACACCCACGCGCUCCCUGGCCACGCCCCGCUCUGGUUUGCCCCGCCCCAGCGCUGCGCCAACAGGAGGUGGAGGGAUACCGGUGCCCCGCAGUAAGCUGGUGCAGCCGGUCCGCAGAUCUCUGCCGGCUCCACGGACCUACAGCGGAGAGAACUGGAGAGAGGGCUGCUAUUGA